AUGUAUAGGGUAAAUGAACAGUGGCGUGCAGAAGCCGCAAAAUAUAAACAAUGGGCAGAGCAAUGGCAGCAGUAUCAAUUAGCGCAACUUCCAAAUCCCACGGAAACUGCUGUCGCUUAUCUGCAACAACAGGUACAACAGCUAGAGCAGCAGCUUGCAUACGGGUAUCAAGCUUUUGAAGAACACAGUAAAGCGACAGCAAAGUACGCCAGCGAGUGUGCAGAAUGGAAGGCGAAAGCGGAAGCAGCCGAAGCGCAGCUAGCAGCAAAGAAAGAGGAGAAGAAGGAAGAAAAUGCGUUAGAAAAUGGAACUGAAGGAAGUUCGGAACUUGCUCUUCUCAAAUCCGAGCAAGAAGAUCUUUUAGUGCUUCUUGCCGAUCAACACAACAAGAUCACUCAAUACCGAAACCGAUUGAGAGAACUCAAGCAAGAGGUUACCGAUGAUGAAGAUGAAUGA